AUGGAAAACACUAGACCCUCAUGUGCCAACUUAAUGGACCUUGAGAGGCAGCAGGAGGGCCCCGAGGAGCAGCAGCAGCAGCAGAAGCAGCAGCAGCAGCAGCAGCAGCAGCAGCAGCCGGGGAAUGCCGCCGGGGAGUCGCCCGCGCAGCUGCUGCCGCCGCCUGUGCAGCAGCUGCUGCUGCUGCAGCCCGUGCAGCAGCAGCUGGAGCAGCAGCAGCAGCAGCAGCAGCAGCAGCAGCAGCAGCGCAGCGAGGGGCCCUGGCGGCCGCGGCAGCAGCAGCUGACUGUGCAGUCGCUGCCCAUGCCCUGCAAGGGGCCCCUGCAGGGCCAGGGGCCCCUCGAGCUGGUCCAGGGGCCCCACGAAGUGCUGCUGCAGCCGCAGGGUUUGGAGGAGGGGGCCCCCCUGGUGGGGGGUUUGUUGGGGCCCCCCGCGCCUUCGGGCUUCCCGCUGCUGCAGCAGCUGCAGCAGCAGCAGCAGCAGCUGCAGGAGGAAGCAGCAACUCUUGCUGACGGCAUUGCCCCCUUGCCUAUUGUACCCUUACCCACCUUCGUGGGGGUACCCCUUCCUGUGGCAGUGGAGGCCCCCAGAAGCCCGGGGGGCCCCCCCGAUUCUGUUUCCCUCACAGUGCUGCAGCACCCCCCCGAGGGGGGCCCCCCUCCCCGCGGUGAGUGGCCCUUCUCGAAACCCUAA